AAAGAGGUCUUGCCUUCUUCCCCACGCCACGCCACACCAAGCACCAACCCAUGGAGCGCCGCCUCCACCACCUCGUGCUACUGCUCGGCCCCCUCGCCUGCUGGGCGGCGGCGGCCGCCACCACGGGAGUGUGCGACCCCUCCACCAUCGCCGCCGCCUGCCAAGGCGAGUCCUCGCCGUCGCCCCAGCAGCAGCUUGGCCUUGGCGGCGCCGCUGCCGCCCUCGGCAAGGCCAUCCCCACCUUCUCCCAGCUGGAGCUGGAGCUGGAGCUGGCUGCCGCGCCCGCGCCACCACACUCCGCCUCCGCCAAGGACCAUUUGGUCGUCUGCGCCGGGAUCGUCUUAGUCGUCGCCGUCCUCGUCAACAUCAUUGAUUGAGCCUGCCCUGGCCGGCCGCCAAUCAUCACCGGUGCCUGGCUUGAGCCCGUAGCAGCAGCAGCAGCAGCGGUAGAAAGUCCUAGUGCAACUCGUUUUUACAAUUUUGUAAGAGUACGUGAUGAGUAAUUUGGGAGAGAAGAAUCACCGCACGUUCAUUA